AUGGGAUUAAGAUCCGUCGUCCAGGUGCAAGCACAGCUCGUCCAGUUUGAUACGCAACUGUCCUACGAUGACGUUAUUGCUCGAUUACGAUCCCAAAUGAUAAACAAGGAUGCUUCCACGCCAUUAAUUACCCGUUUGAGAGAGGCGGGAACUCAAAAAGAUGUUGAGGAAAUCGUAGGUGAUACCACGCAUGGGCUGGAUUUUUUGUAUUUCGGGGAGUUGAAACACCACAGGCUAUUGGAUAUCUACCAUGGCGUAGAUGAUACUCCGAAAGCCGUUGUUUACACCAUUGGAAACCCCCUGAUCGCGCAAACCAUCCUCCGUCAUGAUAUUCGCGCCGCUUUAGAGAUUCCACCUCGGCUGUUGAUACUUGAAAAGCCAGACCGCAAGGGCACCCAGAUUCUCUAUCAUUUGCCGUCUUCCGUGAUGACGUUGGAUGGUAACCCGGAACUGAUAUCUGCUGUUGAAGCUCUGGACGUGAAGCUGGAAAAGCUGGUUUCUACCAUUACGGCUUUCGAAUGA